AUGGCGGUCUACCAAGAUUUUGUGGCAGCAUACAAAGACUGGCCCGUGAGUUUCUUUUUAUGGGAAAUAAUAUCACUACAUACCUCCUGCAUGGUAGUAAUAGUAAUUUUUAUGUGGACUAAGUGCAUGCAAGUUGAUCCCGUUGGUCCAUCUUGCACAUCAAUCAAUCAUUUGGUUUAUACGAUUGCUGAGGGCAGACGACUGCAAUGAUUUGUUAUGCUGUACUCGCCCCCUACUUAAUCCGCCCAGGCAGGCGGACAGCUAAUAAAUAUGAAUUUUCAUGUUGAUUCACCCGGUCACCCGAUAAAAAUCUCCUUCCUCUAAGUAUCUCAAAUUUUCCAAACUUGGAAUAGUGUACUUCCGGUAGUUUAUACCUGUGCAAGUGAGCCGUAAAUUAAACUUUUGUAAAAUACUCCUGUGGUUUACUUACCAGGGAACAUUUAUCCUUCCAGGCUACAGUCAUGGCUGUGGAUUGCACGGGCCAGUUUACUGUUUUAGGAUCGUAAGUAACUUUUUCCAUGGUGAUAUUUUCAGGCCCGUCUUUGCGGCUAGUGGCGUAUUUGUGUUUUGCUCGUUUCGUACCGUUUGUGAUCAUACCAAUGCUUUGAAUGCACCUGAACAUUUUAACGCUCUCUAAAUUGGCAAUCUUGUUUUAACAUUGCAAAGGUAAAAUGAGAAAAAUGAAUUUAAUUCAAAAUACAUCUAGAAUGAACAUUAUUCACAAGCUUUAUGCAUGAUUGUCAAAAUUUGAAAUCACAGGAAAAGUCUUUCAACAAUCAUUUAUUAUGUUUUAAUUUGUGCAUGGCCCCUCUUGAUACCAACCCUGCUACUGAAUAGGCUAUCCCACAUUCAUAGGGUUGUCAUGAAGCUUUCCUAGAGUUUGCUCUAAAUUUAAUUAUCAAGUUACAAGUGAACAUAAUUAGUCUCAGAAAAGUGAAAAUCAGAAAGAGAAAAAGGGAAAUUUGGAAAGGGAAAAGGGUUAAAAGAGAAAAGAAAGGGCAUUUUUUUUAUUAAUAAUUUUCAAUUGUAUCUGACAUGGUUUUCCCACAGACGGAAAGGUUUAGCAUUUAUUGACCUGAAUGCUCCUCAUACUGUAACAAAAAAAGUGUCAAGGAACAGCAAAUGGGAAUGUGGUGCCGUGGAAUGGAAUCCUCAUUUGACACAUGCUCAUAUAUUUGCUUAUACGGUGAGUGUUCUAUUUUUUGUAUAAUUUUGACCAUAAAUAUAUCUGUGUUAUUGCAUUGUACUAUCGCUAUUACUAUUAUUAUCAUUAUUACUAAUGGUGUAAAAUUCUUACUAUUACCUGCAUAUCUGAAUUUUCUGUAUUGUAUUCAUGCAGCAGUUCAUUUUAUUUUGUAAAUCUUAAGAGAUUAAGUGACCUUCUGCCUUAUUGUUGUAUUGCAGUCCAACCAAAAACUAGAAAUUUGGUCCUGGAGAGAUGGUAAUGACUUACAGCAACACAUUCUUAGGGGCCACACAAGAUCAAUAAGGUAACUACUUUCUUUUCUCUUUACAUUUGUUCUUUUUUCCAAACUUAUUAAUGGUAUUAAUAUUUGGUUUUGUUAGAAAAGAUAUAAGGCAAUAAAAAUGGGUACAAAAACAGUUUUAGUGCUUUCUGAAUCAAAAUUUUGACUCCCCCCCCUUAUUAGAAAUUUUCUGGGUCUGUGCCUGUAAGUGACCCACAUCCUUAGACUGUGCCAUAGAUUAUGUAGCAGUCACUGGAUAGGAUGCUAUUCUAGUGCAGUUUACACCCUUAACCUUUUUAUGGUUUUUCCAAGAAAUUGCUGAAGUUAACUUUCCCUCAUGAGGAAACAGGCACAAUGAGAGUGACCAGGCUAGAGCUUUACUCUUAAACCCCUAAGAGUUACUUCCAAUUAAUUUCUCCUUACAGUCUCUCUCACCUCUGAAUCAAACAUCAUGGUUAUGAGAAUGAAGGAAAUGAUCACAAGCUAUAGAAGCUCUUAAUUGUUUGAAAAGUUCUCCUUAUUAAUAUCACAAGAAAUGUGCAAUGAAAAGUGCGGAGAAUGUGUAUACCGAUGUUAAGGCUUUAUACUUGAAUCUUUCAAUACAGAGUUCAGUCAGGCUAGAAACUGCAUCUUCACUCAUCUGUCACAGUAUAUUUUUGUUUGUGGACAUUAUUUCCAUUCAAAAAGCUGUUUGAUGGAACAUGUUCACUUUUUCAUUCAUGAGAAAGUUUAUUUCUUGUUGUUGUUAAACUUUUAUUUUGAAAAGAAGGAAGGAAGUCACAAAAGUGACUCACCAGUUGAGCAAUCCUUUUAGUGAUUGGAUUUUAAAAAUUUCAAGCAAUUUUUGGUGGUGUUAAGGAAUACUACAUGGGGUAAAUUUUACUAGUUACCACCUGAAAAGGAGAACACUGAGGAACUAUUAAUUUGUUUGAUUAUAGUGACUUGAACUGGUCAUGGUUUGACCCUCAGCUUCUUGCCACUUGCGCAAUGGACCAGUAUAUUUAUAUUUGGGACUUAAGGUAUGGCAGUUUUUGUGAUUAUGGAACUACAUGUGAGAAUGUUAGAUCAUCACCUAAAAAAAAGUUUGGGAAGAAUUGCUUGACACCCACAAUUAGCAAAAUCUGUAUCUUCUCAUGUCUGUUCUCUUUGUGACUUGACCUUUUUAUACCCAUGAGUGAUCAAGAAAAAAUUUCUCCUUGCAAUAUCUAUACAAUGUCAGGUAGACGAGUGGUGAGAGUAGAGAUAAAUAUCAAUUAGGAGAUUAUUAGUUGAUCCAAUACCAAAUUCUCCAAACUAUCCUCAUAAGAAUUGUAUGACAGACAGUAAGGAGAAUUACAAUGAGAUCUUGGGGUAAAAGGGUUGAAACCACCCAGAAAUGUAUGACACACUGUUGAGGAGCUGUUUUUAUUCAUGCAGCUCAUUCACUGUCAUAAGACAAGUUGUUACAUAGAUUUGCCCUUUUGCACUGUCUACAGGGAUGCAAAAAAGCCAGCCAGCUCACUUCAGGCCAUUGGUAUGUAUAGACAAGAUAAUUGUGCCAUCUUGGAAAUAUCUUGGUUAAGAUUGACAGCACUUUAAUUAUAAUUAAAGAUAGCUGAAAUCUUAAGGAAGAGUUGUGCCCUUGAAGAAUUUGUUAACUUUAAGUGAACAAUUUUUCAUUAGAGAUUUGCUAACUUCAUUUCAUGUCAGUUGGGGCAUCUCAAGUCAAAUGGAACAGAGUAAAUCGACAUGUGCUUGCCACCAGCCAUGAAGGAGAUGUGAGAAUAUGGGACUUGAGGGUACUGAUAUUUCAUUGAUAUUAAUGUGUCUUUUCCUUGCUCAAUUUUCAAAGGACAAACUGCCACUGAGAUGAUAUCAGUUGACCUAAAAAUGCUUGUUGAGGGUGUGGUUAUCUAUUGUGGUAAAUAUACAGUGUAGCUGUGGGUAUAGAAGUGUUUCACAUGACUGUCUGUUGAAUUGAACUUUUGUUUACAAAAACUUUAAUUUCACUAUGACUCUGGAUUACAAUUUCCUCUGUUGAACCUUCCAUAAACUUUCAUCACUCAUGUAUUAAGACCAAAACAUACAAUAAGUUUCAAAAUCUAAGGGAAAUUAACUUCUAAAUGCAGGGCUCAACUUUGUUUGGAAUACUAAAAACACAUGACUGGCUAGUGACAUGUGACUCCUGUUCUGAGAGAAAAUGGAACCUAAUGUGCAGGAAUGCUAGAAUGGGAACUUAUGCAAAAGCAUUUACAUACAGUGUUGUUAUUGUUAACGAUAUUCAACAAGGAAAUGCUCUUUGGAAGUGCAGUAAUUAUUGUUUGCAUCAUUUGAUUAUAGAAAGGUAACACCCCCGUGGUGUACGUCACAGCCCAUCUUUCUCAGAUUUAUGGAUUGGAUUGGUCUCGCUCAAGUGGAACAAUGCUCGCAACAUGCAGUAAAGACUCUACUGUCAAGGUUAGUCUUAAAGUUGUGUAAAAGAGCAUUGUCAGUUUUAGUUCCACUAGAAAACUGAAGCUUAAAUUUUUGCAGUCCAUGUAAUUCUUCACUGUCAUCAACCCUUAAACACCAAAGAGUGACAAGGGUCUAAUUUCUCCCUACUGCAUUACUUCUUAAUCAAACAUCAAGGUCAGCUCUUGAUUUUUGGAUGAAAUGUCCUUAACAGUAGCAUGGGAAAUGUACAGAGGACAAUUUCCAGACUGUGCAUACUGAUGUUAGGGAGUUAAGGGUCAACUGUCUCGUUUUCUUUUUGACUAGAGAUAUAUUUAUAAUUAUACCUUUUUGGUGUUCAGCAACACUAGAAAAUUUUUAUCUUAAGUUUUUUCAUCCGUAAAGGGAAUUCCUUUUGGUAUUUUAAACAUACUCAAAACACUUAAGCAUAUUUCUGGAAAAUCUUUAAGAAAGUUCUUCACAUUUGUAUGUUUAAUUUUUUCUUCUACUUAGUUGUGGAGUACAGAAAACCCUCGGCAGCCAGAAGACAAGCUGAAGCUGACUGCAAAUGCUCCUGUGUGGCGGGCCAGAUUCACUGUAAGGGCUUCAGUCAGCUUCAAUCCAUUCAAAUUUUUUGUAAAAAAAUCUUGGUGUUAAGGUCAUGAAAUGAAUGCUGUUUAGACUCUCAGAGAAACACAGUGUAUGGCUACACAAAUUACCAUUACUAUCAUUGUGAACUAUGGAACAAUACCCUGUGUGAAAAAUCAAUCUGCUAAUGAGGGGUAACUGCAUCACCAAUGCCCUUGCCAUCAAGACAAGAGAAACAAUGUUACCAUCAAUAAGUGAUCUUUUGUCUUUUUGAGACAGCCCCCUUUUCAAUGACUGUCUGAAUUAUGCAAAGUUUAGAUACUGUAUUUCCUUGAAUAAGCCCUUGGUGGCUCAUUUAAAAUGUGACUAAAAGGAAAGGUGCUUAUUGGAGGGAGGGUGCUUUUUAGGAAAUCAUCAACCUGUACUGAUCCAGCUAUAGUUGAAGCUUAAAAUGUUUUAGAUAAAGUGGUAUUAGAAACAGGAUUUCCCAUCCUCACGACCCAGGGACUGUCAGCUGAUGACUAGAAAUCUAAACUGAUGGGUGGGGUGCUUAUUUUUGGGGGGGGCACUUGUUUGUUAUUAUGGCCUAGGGGGUGGGUGCUUAUUUUGGUAGGGUGUUUAUGAGAGCAUGGGUGCUUAUUCAAGGAAAUGUGGUAUGCAAAAGCAAAAUUUAGAGGCAGAGAAGAUGGGAUGCCCAUGGUGCAUUUUAAUCAUAGUUUCCUAAUUAUUUGCGACGAGGAGUGCAAGAUACAAUCCUGUACAAAAGUCAGAAAAGUCUGCUUAUCUCUUUAGAUGUACUCUUCAAACACUCUGAGCAAGUAGAGGGAGCCAACUUAACUUGCAUGUCAACAUUACGGAAAUGAUUCUAGAAAACAUUGCUUUCUCUGUCAAUUCAAGUUUUUCAAUUUCUUUUCAGCCAUUUGGUGAAGGUCUCGUAACUCUCACUUUACCUCAGAUGAGGCGAGCCACAGAAAAUAGCUUAUCUCUGUGGAACAUCAGCUCACCCGUGUCGUCCCAAGUGAAUACGUUUGUUGGUCACAGUGACGUUGUUUUGGAAUUCCAGUGGAGAUCUCAAAUGAUGGAAGGUGAAAUUGUUACGGGAAGAGCUGCGACAGAGGGGAGAGGGGGGGUAGAGAGGAGAAAGAGGGAAGGAGAGAGAAGGGGAAAGGGCAAGGAGGGGAGAACAGGGUGGCAAAGGGAUAGAGAGAAGGGAGGAAAGGAGAGAGGCGAUAAAAGGGAGAAAGGGGAAGAAUGGGACAAGAGAAAGUGAAAAUGAGAGGAGAGAGGAGUUAGAGGGGAGUCGAACGGUUGAUUAGAGAAAAGUGAUAGAGGAUAACUGGUAUGAAUGCCAGCUAAUGACAUGAGUGAUUUCUGUUUCAGAUGAGGAACAGUUUCAGCUCAUCACCUGGGGAAAAGACCAAACCUUGCGAAUGUGGGCGAUGGAAUCCAAAUGGAUCAUGGUAAGAUGAGAAAAAUGUAGCUUAGUUGGGAUAUGUUGAAUUUUUAUUUUUUCUACUUUCUACUUAAUAGAGACUGAAAGUAUUUUUUCAGUAAGGAAGAAAAAUUAAAACUUAGUACCUUACUAAGCAUAGAGAGGAUUGAAGUGAGUUGCAAACAGGCCUAGUAACUUUUCGGCUUUAUUUUUAAAAGGUGUGCGAAUCGUGCUCUAGGUCCUUUGGAUGAAGCAGAAAUUUUAGAAACGGUUGUAAGAUAUAACGGAAGGUAUUUCCAGUAAAAUUAUUUUUAUUCUGAGCCAUUUCUUUUUCACCGUGCGAAGUAGGAUGUUUUUGUUUUACACCUUUUCGGUACCGUGACUUGCAUUGCGUAUUCUUCGUUACGCGUUGCGAGUGUUGUAAAGUAAAACACGCUUUCGCCCCAGUUAUUAACUGGUUAGAUACGAAACUGAAAUCGAUUGCGACUUGGUCAGUCGUGUUUUCCCAUGCUUUAGGAUGUUUGCUUGUUUUUACUCUGAGGUCUUAAUUGGUUCCAUGUCAUCGCUCUUUUCCUUGGUUGUUUUGUUUUGUAGGUUUGUUUGUUUGUCUUUUAAUGACCACUGUGAUUGCUUUAACUUUUGCCUUUGAAAUGCUCUCUGUUGUCGAUGGAGCGCUUUAGGAUUGAGUGUCUCAAAACCAAAACCAAUUCAAACGACCAAUCGGAGCGAAAUAAAACACCUUAGGGAGCCAAUAAGAACCCAGUAGAAACAAGCAAACUUUCAAAAGCGCGGGAAAACGCGGGUCACAGUGUCGAUCGGUUUUUUUUUUUAAUUUGGUAGGUUGAGAGUAUGGCGCGAGUUUUCUGGACCAAUCACUAAGCCAAGUAGAGCAAAACCAAUGCAAUCUUUGAUCAGUUUCGAUAAUCGAUUAAAAGUUGUUCCAUUUCUCUCAUUAACAGGCCUGUAAUGGAGAUGUUGCGGUUAAUUUUCCAUCUAAAACCGCAAGUGCAUCAAGUCCUUCCAAGCGUGACGAUUUGAUUGAGUCCGUCUUAUUAGAUUCUGUUAUAAUUGAUUCGGUUGAUGUGAUCCCUGACAUGGCUGUGCAACCACACACUUUACAGCAGGAGUUUGCGCUUAUUAACGUUAAUAUUCCUAAUGUCAUUGUUGAACAGGUAAGUGUUAAUCCCUCUGAACCCUUGAAUGGUACAAUUGCUAGAGCUAUUUCCGAUUAGGUGUUGUGAAACCAAAGUAAUAUCCAAGGCCAAUCAGAAGGAAGGGAAAUACCUUUAAGAGCCAAUAUGAACUCAAAGUAAAAUCGACCAAACUGCCCAAGGCGCGGGAAAACGUGGGCGACCAAGUCGUGAUUGGUUUUGGUUUUUGUUUUGCAUCUGAUUGGUUGAGAUAGUGGCGCGAGUUUUCAAGACCAAUCGCAGAGCGAAGUAGGAGCAAAACCAAAGCUAUUCAAGAUUUUUUCCGACACUCCGUGCCUUAAACAUGUUAUUUCUCCUUACUAUAUGAAUACAUUAUCCAGCAAAAAGGUGAUGUUAACACAUAAACAUAUCAACUUAAGGCUCCUAUCUUGAUAUCACCCUAAUUCUCUUAAUCCAUUCAUAAGGAUAUAGAGAGAGGUUGCGAGGGAGAGUUGCUUGUUGGUAUACGGGAGGUCAAGAGUAUAUUAUUUGCGUUUUAUCUUUAGUCAGGUUAGUUAAGUAAUCACCAGGUUGUACCAAACGACUGUUCACACGGAAAUAUCGUUGAUCAAGUGCGCUCGAGCGAAGCGGUCCGUGGCAGCACCCAUUGUACUCCUCGUUGAAGAGAGACACUGUGAGAUUAUUUAAAGUCUCUAUCCUAAGUACAAAGCUUAGCGACCUGGCCAGCUCUCGAGUUGCAUGGGACCUCUAGAUAUAGAUGGUUAACAUCCAGGCCAGCGCGUCUCCCAUAUGAACGAGGCUGCUAAGGUAAUUGUCCUUUGUUUUCAGAUGGACGCUGGACAUAGGAGCUGUACGGUGAACGUUACCAAUGGCCGUAAUGUUGUAUCGCUGGUAAUAAACUUCCCAUCUCACUAUCCUAAUAAUGCCAUACCAUCGUUUGAGUUUACGCCUGAUACCUCCAUUGACGUCAGUACUAAAACCAAGCUCAUGAAGGUAAGCUCGGAUAUCAGUAUAGAAACACUUGAGAAGGCUUUGUCUUGGAGGAGAUAGGUCGCAGAUAUGCUUUAAGUGUCACUAACUCUUGAUACUAAGGUGCUGACAACGAGAAUUUGUUUAACAAUCAAGAUCUUCUUUAGUUGGUGAUCAUUUCCUUGAUUCUCAUGACCUUAUAGCUUGAUUCAAGGAUGAUUUUGUUAGGAGAAAUUAGAUGCUAAUCACUCUAAGGGAUUAAAGGGUUAAAUUAGUGCAAUAACGAGAGAGAGCAGCAAAAAUAAGUUAUUUGGCUGAAACGACUUGUUAUGAUAUAUUGGAAUCCGAGACGAGUGUCGAAGAGUAACAGCACCCCCUUUGGAGUCCAAUCAGACACUGGCGUUUUCCAGCGCUGAUUCGCUAUAUUUCACUUUUAACAAUUAAACCUGUACACCAUGAGAGUGACCGGCGUGUAAUUUCUCCUUACAGUGAUACUGCUGAAUCAUUCAUCAAGAUCAUGAGAAUAAAAGGAAAUGAUCGCCGGCUCAAGAAGCUUUGAUUGUCAAACAAAUUCUCCUUUCUAGUGCCAAGGGAAAUGUCUAGAGAAGAGUAUGGAGAGUAGGGAUAUUGAUGUAAGGGUGUAUUUGUUUCCCUUCUUUUAGACUUUACGUGAGACGGCUCAAACGCAUGUGAAGUCAAACCAAACAUGUCUUGAGCCAUGCCUCAGACAACUCGUCAGCCAUCUUGAAGAAUUAACGGUGAGCUAGUGCACUUUCCUUACACAGUAUUCCUUUCAUUAUAGCCCGCCUGCUUUCAUGUAGGCGAGGUAAGGUUUGUGCUAAGUUUUGAACUGUAGUGUAGAAAGUCGCAAAUUAAAUUACAAGAUCUCAAAUUAUUGAAAUUUGAUUUGAAGUUGUAAGAUAGACUAUCCGCCGUCGUUUUUUCAUAACAUUGAUCCCUUUAGCACCCAAGAUGUGAUUGUUUAUUCUCCCCACCAGCACUUACACAUUUCCUUUUAAAUUCGUUACGAGAAUUUGGUGUUGGAUCAAGACAACAACUUAAACCUAACAAGUUUGAGUAUUUUCGUUACCUCUUUGCUGAGUAAUGUAUGGAUAUUACGGGGAGAUCACAUCUGGGAGCUAAAGGGCGAGGAGGCACGAUACUGAUGUUUUGAUUAAAAAAUGGCCUUAACUACCUUCCGUCCAAAUAGGUGCGUCGAUCGUCAUGGAAUCACAUCUUGCUUUCUAAUUAUGACCAAAUUCUUACAAAUCAAACUUUGCACCCGUGGUUUCUCUCAAGUUAGGGUCUUUAGGCCUGUGAAUAAUCUUUUUCAAGUAUAUUGAGAAGAGUAAUUCAUGGUUUGAUUUAUUUUUUUGUGGCUACUGCUUCCUAUCCGAUCCUGAUCCAAUUUUGACGCGAUGUUUUAUUGUUUGUUUCGGAGUAUCUUACUAGUUUGACAUUCGCACUCGACGCACAGUCGAGUUCUUUCUUUUUGUGGUUUCUGGCCUCAAGCCACUAGCAUAUUAUGUUUCCAGUUCUUGCCGUGACGUUAAGAAAUCUCGUUAAUUUAGCUUCAAGAAGAUUUACCCACGGGCCCAUUCGCGUCCUCUGCGCCCCCGAUUCACGGCAGACUCGACCCAGUCUCGUAUGGUAGCUACCUGGACGCAGCCGUUCCAUUCCCGCGCACCUCUGGGGCCAAGUUUUGUGCAUGUGGUAAGUUUAGGGGUAGAUUACGUGCCUUUUGGGGCAUGUUGUGAGAGGCCGAACAAUUUGUAUUAAUUUUUUUUACAUGUACAACUUGAAUUAACACUAGACAGUUUUUUCUUUAAAUUAUCUUUGUAUCGAUACGCUGUUGAAAUCUCGUGGGUUCCUCUUGACCCAAUCAGAAGUCAAACAAGUCGUGUUUUGCAUUGUGCUCAGUUGAUCUUUUGUCCUUGCACCGGUGGCUCAUUUUGACUAGAGAUCUGCUUGGUUUGUUUGGUCAUUUGUGUUUGUCACGAGAAAAAUUGUUUUUCGUAUCAUUAUCAUUAUCGCCAUCAUCAUCAUCAUCGUUACUGAUGUUACAAGUAUUAGUAGUAUUACUACUAUCAUCAUUAGUAAUAUUCCUUUGACAUGUUUAACCGUUUUACGGAAUUUUUCUGUGAACCAAAUGGCCAAGAGAUGGCGUUUACUAGAACUCUUUUUUUAUAGGACUACUUGUGUGCUUCAAUUUACCGGGAAGGUAUAGUGGCCGUUUGGGGUCUGGUGGAGAGCCAACUCCCAGGUACAACACAUAACUGUCAGUUUCAAAUGAAUAUCUGUUCGUAGGAUGAUAUAUUGAAAUGGGGAGGAGAAAUACUGUUUAUCUGAAAUUUGCAUCUAUCUAUUCUCUCUUUCCUAGCAUUAUUUGAACACCUGUUUAUCAGUCCACCGGUUCUCGGAUUUGUGUGUACUAAUUACGCCCUAGUGUGCGUGCCUUCAUGUUUUAUUUUUCGGGACAAUUCUGCACACUAACGCGUCCUCAUCACUAUGUAGCCUACCUUCCCAUUCCCCCUGUUCCCCAUGUUCCCCUGGGCAAUUUUUGAUCGCUACCUUGGGUCAUAUUCUUAAGGAACCAAUGAAGCCUUGAUGUGUGUUGAUUUGACGAUUUCCCUUCUUAAGUUAUCACAAAUGAAUCUUUUGGUGUUCAAAGGUGUUACUCAUUGAAAAGUAUACGAGUUAAAUUUUUACAUCCAGGCUAUUUCCCGCUUUUCAUUCGAGUUUAUGUUUUUCUUGUACAGGUCCCUUUCGGCCUUCUCUGCGUACAGCUCUCGCCCUAGUAGCGGACCAGCUCUUCCUCCCCUCAUCAACAGCUCGCUUCAGAAAUACAGACCUACAUUUAGUGCAUUUGGACAUCAAUCGUCUGCAAGGAAUAUGAUGUUCAGGUCGUUUAACCAGGUGAACAGAAUUGGGCCUUCUGCUUGGUGGAUUAUCGGGUUGACGAGGGCGUGCGUGUGGUACUCCUGUGAACUGACCAAUAUAUUUAGUAAUUUUAUUACAUCAAAGUGGGGUGUUUUACAAGGAUUUCCAUUUCUCCUCUCGUGUUCAACUCGAAGAGAAAUUUCAUAUCUUCGCGGGCCAGUGUGUUAUAAUAUCAAUAAACUUUUCAAUUGAAUGUCUUACGUAAUAAAGUUCAUUACAGAAUGAUAGAGGGUUUUAUUAUCAUUCCCUGUCACUGUAAUUUGCCUGUUGAAUGUGAAAGGAAGUUACUCAUUCGUCACUGACUUACUGUGUUGUGUCACGCAGCAAGGGGAUUUAAAUGAUGCACAAAAAUACAGUGGAGUAACCUCAAGGAAUAGUGAUGUUGGCCCCGUUGUGAUUCGUGACGUCAGUGCUCUGAUGCCCAUUCACCAGUCGUUGGGACAAGCGUACACGUAAGUAGGACCGAUGAACGAUGAACUUUGACGUAACAGCGUAUUGUGCGGGAAAACGUGGUGAAAAGGUACACAAAACACCAUGGAUCAAAAUCCAUUAAAGGUCACAAUGCCUUAGCCUUGCUACCAUUGUAACAAGAAAAGCUGUGAUACUUUGAUCCUAAACAACCGGAUUUUAAAUCAAUUGGAAUGGAUGCGUAAAAAUGCUCGCCACAAUCUCACCUGGUUUGACAUACCAAAACUUUAUUUUGUGUCACACGUGAUAGCAUUGAAGUUGGGACGUUUUUCCGUAUUUUUUUGAUUUGCGUUAUUAUUUUUCUUAUCAAGGCUUGAAGGAAAGAAAAUCACUGAAAUUUGUAAAAAGAAUCUGGCGGCUGCAAUGACAACUGGCCGCAAAGACCUGGUACAGACGUGGUCGCUUUUGAGCUCAGUCCUCGAUAACAAGCUCGCGCCCACUGAUUCGAUGGAUGAGUCGCCCUGGGCACUACAUCCAUUUGGACGGAAAAUGAUCAAAUCCCUGUGAGUAAACAAUUAAUUCUUGCUAAGCAGUCCUCAAUUAACAGCAAACUCAAUAUUACUUCCUCUAAGUACUAAGACGUCACGAGGAUAUCUACCAUUUACGAAAACAUACCGUUCGGAAACCAGGCCCUGUUUUAUCUGGCAACGAAAAAGAGCACAUGCUCAUUUAGGUUUCCAUACUCUUUUACUCAAAAAAAAUGGAGCUUUAAGAUAUGUAGCUGCUCAUCUUCCACUUUCUAUUAACAGAAUGGAUUACUACUUACGCAUCCGGGACAUUCAGAUGUUAGGAAUGCUGGCUUGUGUCCUGGCCCACCCCUCCCUCCCAGAACCUUUCAAACCUCCUAAAGUUGACUUUAAGCCGGAUGUCAUUGCAUCAAGCAAGCCGUUAACUUAUGGCUCGUCAUCAUCACAAGUCACUGAUACUCCUUAUCAAGUAAGUGGCUCAUGGUAACAUUUAUGAAGGAGGGGGCCUGGAAGGAUUUUUUUUUUUUAGUGGGGAGGGGGGGUGCGUUAAGAGGUGGUUAAAUUCAUAAUGAAUAUCGUUUAAACUUGCAACUAUGAGUAAGGGUAGAAAUGGUGGAUUUCGUUUUAGUCAGAAUUUUGUAUGCCUAUUGCUGCGAUUUUGUGUGACGAACACGUCUUCGUUACAAUUGGGAUGAUUUUAUUACAACUGUACAAGAAGAACUCAACGAAGGUGGGAAACUAAAUGUCAGAAUAGAAAGUCGAAAGUCGAACAUCCUGAAUUAUCUUUCGUGGAUUUUCAAAUUAACACGACUACCACGAUAAAAAUAAUAUUCAAGAGGCGGUUGAGAAAAUUCAGGUCAUGGAGGGGCUACAACUGCAUUACCAGUUGAGUUAAAUCGUAGUUGGUUCUUUUGUUCUCCAUUGAGGAAUGUGACCACGAACAUUCUAAUUAUCGAAUCAUAUUUGUGCUUUUGAUGAUACAUGACGAAGGGUUCUCUUAGGUAAACUAAAUUCGAAAAAAAUUUGAAAUCUCCUGUGAAGUUCAAUGCGGUACUCUUGUUGUUUAUUAAGUCCCAUAAGCGACCAAAAUCUGUUGGGAGUGUCAUAGAAGAGGAGCCAGUUGAUAUGUCUCCAGCGGAGGAGCAGUGGAGCGAGAUUUCAUUUCCUUAUAGUGGUGGCUGGUCGCCGCCUGUGUUCAUUCGAGCAAAGAAUCCGCAGGAAGAACAACGCAAGCAGUACGAGAAUGAUUGUCGGUGAGUUUAGCGAUUUAGUAUCCUCUUGCACUGAUAGGAAUGUGAAGUAAAGCAAACUCUAGUGGUGAAUAGUGUAAGGAAGACAAAAAAACAGAUUUUCUUUCGUUAAGUCUCACGAUGCUAACGAAAAAGAGCUUAUUUAAGGAGAAUUUGGUCUUAUCAGCCGAGUUGUAAUGUAAAUUGGCCAUCGUAGAGAGUUUCCUAAGCUGACGUUUCGAGCGUUAGCCCUUCGUCAGAGCGACUAAGGGCUUUAGAGACCCUUUACGGUGGCGAUUUUGCUUUAACAACGCAGUUGCUAAGAUCAAAUUAUCUUGUGAUACCCCUGCCCACCGACGCAGCACCACAAUUUCUUUAGAAACUAACCCCUCGAUUCAUUUGGAGUUUAUCGUAGUUUUUGUGGCAUGAAAUGACAAGAAGUGUUACCUCCCAGCCUAUCUUCCACUUUCCCUUUCCUUCGCUGGUACCCAUUCUUACUCCUGGUGGGAGAGAGGCACCGUGGUCGUAAAGUGUCGCGCUUAAGAGUACAACAAAAUGGUCUGACCUGGGCUUGAACCGAACAAGAUAAUUUCACAUAAAAUUUUAGAAUUCGAACCUGGGAAGUUCACCCAAUCAGAAUGGUUCCCAGUCAAAAAUUUAGGAUGAGAUCGAUGGAAUUCUUUUUCUGUUUAAUUCUUCUAUCUUGUAUUAUGAUAAAAAUUAUUCACCAAAAUUCCGAUUUCCACAGACCAUGAUUUUCUCACUAUAUUCUUCUCUUGCACUUAUUUUAUUUCUCAAGCAGUAAGCUUACUCGAAACUAGUAUAUUAGUUAACAUAGCUUAAUGCUGGGAAUCCCUUUCAGAUUUGUUUACAAUUCAGAACUUCGGUUAUAUGACCACUACAUGAACCAAUAUGCUGAUGUUCUGUACCGCUGGAAUCUGCUGGGCAAGAGAGCUGAAGUCAUCAAAUUCUUAAGUGAACCUCAAAAACCACACAAGGGAGUAGGUGAGUGAUCAUUUGUAUUUUUUGUCUUGGUAACGAAAAGAUUUAGGCAAGCCUCUAAGUGAAAGGGGAGUUUAAUAAGCUAAUUUUACGGCCCUUUAUUUUAUUCGGAUUCCCCGCUGGUAGUUUCUUUUAAUUUUUGCGGAAUAUCUGUAAAUUAGAGGGUGUGUCAAUUCAUUAUUGUAAUGUCACGCUUGAAUAGCAAAGCGUAUGACGCACUAACUUGUAUUGUAUUAUGUAAUGUAUCUGCUAACCAACGUGUAUUACUCCGUGGGGUGCUUGCAGUGCUGCUUACCUUGCAUGGGUUUUGCUUACGGAAGGCACCAAGGUGAUAACUUAAUCUUCUUGACUCUAUGGGAUGCCAUUUGUCUUAAACAUGGAGCUCUGCUAGCGCGCUUUGCAAGCGGAAUUAUGGAAACGAUAUAACUGAAUCAUCGGAAACCAGAGCCUAAAUUAAGUAUCGAUACAUUUUUUUGGAUUGAGAGCCCAUCACGCGAUCUGCAAAUCAUUUUGGUGAGAUGUUGUGUCUUUUUUGAUCGUAGAAUUCAGUACCCGCUGUUACAACUGUCCUCAGAUGUUUCGUGGAGCUCAGUGCGGCACUUGUAAAGCGUUGGGUUUUCAGUGCGUAAUAUGUCAUGUGGCUGUUAGAGGUAAGGUAAAGGGGAUUUUACUGGCAGUCGGCUAAAUAGCGUGAUGAUGAUUGCGUCACGUGUGUGUGGCGUGUGUGUGACUAACGUGGCCUCGACGGAUACCAUGUCCUUUUCAUCGCUUUCCUGAUGUGAUGCCUGGUACAAUAAGUAGCUGAACCAUAGAUGUUUUGAGACGCGGACAAAUACCUUAUUUUGAAGGUUCUUUCCCUUGACGCUUGCUACCAACCCUUUGUUUGUACAUUUAGUGUCAAAUACUGAUCAAGGGCUCUCCAUUUGAUUGUUGAUGUCAAAACGCACCAGAAGUAGUUUCUUUCUUCGCUCUCCUCGCGAACCACUCUUGCUUUUAGUCUUUCUUCGUGCGCGUGAGUCGUUUCCUUCCGUGUACAACGCGGCAAUGGUAAAUGUGAAGGCAAUUCCAAGAGUAAUUUUAUUUCAAAUUAAAUCAAUAAGUCAGUCCGUGAAAGAUACGAGUAGUGGUCACGAUUCUUCUUUUAGAGAUUUUAAGGAAAGUCAGAGCUCGGCUUGCUAUAAGGGAAAGAAAAGAAAUAAUAUGGACAGUCACAAAAAAAAAAAAAUAAUAAUAAUAAUAAUAAGAAGAAAUAAUGAAUAGAUUGUCUACAAAUAGAAUUUUAUCUAUGUGCUAUGAAUUGUAAAUUAUGAUGUGUCUCAAUAAUUGUUUUCUCUUCUGUUACUGAAGGCGCUAGUAAUUUCUGUGUGGCGUGUGGUCAUGGCGGUCAUACAUACCAUCUUAUGACGUGGUUCGAAACAAUGGACGUCUGCCCGACAGGGUGUGGCUGCCGGUGUUUAGAAGUUGGCACAUUUAUCGUCGACUGACUGCAUUCGUAUACAAGUUGGUGGAAUAACUAUCAUAACUACGACCACGUGCACCAAAAGAUUUGGAAAUAAGAGCAAAUGAAACUCGAUUGAGGAGUAUUUGUACCGGAAAGUGCCCUCUAGAUUCUUCAAAGUCGCAACCGCAAGCUCGGUGCAGAGGAGGUUUCCAUUCCGUUGCCGUCUCAAGACUAACUCACAAUAGAGUGACGCCAUUUAAGGACAGGACCCCGAAACCCCGAUGUAAACGACAGAGACGUAAUGAGCGGAGCGAAUUUCCGUAGUGAAGUUCAGAUUUGUUUAUUGCUGUUUACUUAGAUUAUCCUUGAUAAAUUUCUUCAAAAACAGGAAAAAGUGUUUUGCCCGGCUGGAAAACUACAAGAAAAAUAUUCUCUCCCACUGCGGUCUCAAGAACAGUUCCAUGUGUAAAGUAAACAACAAUUCGUGUAUCAGUCAAGCGUACCAUUUUAGAAUUUGUUUUUUGAACUAUAAAUCGUUCGCUGGGUAACAGUGCCUUUCCGCCACAAUUAUGACCCCCAAUAUAUUUUUUAUCUAGCUAACGAGUCUGAUGAUCACCACUCAUAUUGUAAGUACAGUCAAAUGUCUUUGAGAAAUUUUCUUCAGCGGGAAAUUGAUAAUGUAGAGGGUCACAACCAUUUCAAGUGUUUUCGGCUGAAAUCUUUUGUUUGGGUUACGGAUUUAGUUGUCAAAGGAUUGUGAAUCGUAAACCACUUCAUACUACGACUUUAAAUCUGACCUCUCGUGAAUAACAGACCUCCUUCCUCAGCCAGGCUGUUAAGCCUAACAUUUCGCUCGGUCUUUCAUGAGGGGUUGGACUAAGGUUUGAGAGGUCAUGGAAAUUUUCAAACUCUCACUCCCUCGUUAAUUUUGUUUCUCCCUUACUUAAUUAAAAGAGAAAACAUCUUGUUGAUGCCACUUUCGAAGGUUAAUCCCCAUAAAUAUUUUUUUUUGCUUGCGGAAGUUAGACCGGGGAUAAUCAGGAAAGAUCUGAUAAUGUGGGAAGCAAUAACACAGAAAAAAAGUAUUAUCGUCCUUUUUUACAAUAACUGCCUGGUUUAUUUAUUUUGUUUUAACGUUUUUUUUUCCACACCGUCGAAAAAGGAAGUGUUAAGCGAUGAAACGCGAACAACAAGCUGCCAAAGGUUCUUUGUUUACGAUGUUUGAUCGCGUCACAGAAAGCAGUUUGGACCGAAUGCGUUACGUGACGGGACCAAACAAGGGCCGCAAGGAUGGCUCUUCAUUGGAGGAUCCGGACAUUUCCUUUGUAAUUUUAUGUUCUGCUGGCUUCAACGCCUCUAUUAAAGGUUUUUUCUGACUUUCAAACCUAACUUAACAACUUCUUAGUCAUCUUUAAAACAAUACAAUGCCGAAA